AUGGCUGGAAGAGAUGAUUACUAUGGCGGAGGACGUGGAGGAGGUGGUGGUGGAUACGGCGGUGCUGGUGGCGGCGGAUAUGGAGGAGGACCGGUAAGGUUUCUUGAGUUUUUCAGGCAAAACAUCAAGAGCACGCAGCGAACAGCCAAAAAAAUGUCUUUUCGAGCCCCAGAGCAACUUUGCCUAGAGUUCGUGCGCACACUUUUUGAGGGACUGUUUUGGAAUGAAGAAUCAGUGGAAAACCGGAUUCUAGCGAUGUCUUGCUGUGGUGGCGCAGUCAAAUUUAGGGUUGUCUACGUAUUUCUUAGCAAGAUUCUUCCUUGGCGGAUUUUUUCUGUUCAAAAAGCAGUGUGUUGUGUACGAUCCUUGUACUCCACACGCUCGCUUUGAAG